AUGUCCAAUCUGCUCGCUUCCAAUCUUUUCUCGGUCCAGGACCGCGUGGUCGUCAUUACCGGUGGAGGUAGUGGUCUCGGUCGGACUAUGGCCCGCGCUCUAGCGGUCAAUGGUGCUGCGAAGGUGUUUGUCCUUGGGCGUCGUGUCAAUGCCCUGGAGGAGACGGCCACUCAAUCUACUCCCGGCGUGGUUAUCCCCGUUCAGUGUGAUGUCACCUCGAAAGAGUCACUCGAGGCCGCAUACAAGACCGUCGCUGAGCAGACCACCCACGUUGAUAUUCUCUUUGCCAAUGGUGGAGUCCUAGGACCAUUGAUGCGGCCGUCUCAGAAACCAGAUGGAACCCCUCCUUCUCUCAGCGAGCUACGCGAGGAGUUGUUUAGUAAACCAAUGGAGGCAUUUACCGAUGUGUUGAAUGUCAAUGUCACUGGAUCUUAUUACACCGUGCUGGCGUUUUUGCCAUUGCUGGAAGCAUCAAACAAGCGGCGACCAGCACCUCAAGCGGGGGUGUUGAGCCCUCCAACUGCACAGGUCGUCAUUACUAGUUCGAUCGCAGGGUUUAUUCGCAAAGUGCCGUUUAGCUUUGCGUACAAUGCGUCUAAAUCUGCCACCACACAUCUGGUCAAGAUGCUCGCUACUACUCUCGCCGAUUACGAUAUUCGGGUGAACGGCAUCGCACCUGGUCUAUACCAGUCCGAUAUGGCCAACCAUAUUUUCGAAGACAAGGGCAUCGAAGGCAGCGGGGUCAACGAAGGCUCGUUCCCACGAGAGAUGAUCCCUAUUAGACGCAGUGGAAGUGAGGAAGACUUUGCUGGUCUAAUAGUGUGGAUGGCAAGUGCCUCGGGUGGUUACUUGAAUGGCGCCAUCAUGCUUACCGAUGGUGGUCGCGUCAGUGUAGUCCCAAACACAUAUUAG